AUGAGCCUGCAGGGAUUUGGGGAACCCCGUACUAUCAGAAAUACAAAGCACCACAAAGUAAUUGUAACUGAAGACAUUCGCGAUUUCGCACGACCAAGUGGACCCGGUGGGCAUAGGAGUUCCUGGUCGGGGGUGCACGAACCGUGGGUAACAAGCUGGUUCUUGCCCUGGGCUGAUUUGAGCCAUGUCCAAUCACAACCAUAUGACCAGUUGAAAGCUAUGCGUUUAUUGCUGUAUCGUUAUGCAUGCAUAGCUACAUUGUCCCCAGCGUUUCAGGAGUCCGUCGGGUGGGCAGACGCGUGUUUGGCGUCCUGA